AUGGCGACAUCUGCUCCCAGCCUCACCUUCGCGGAGGUUCCUUCAACGUAUACCUGUGGCAAUGCGACGAUUUCAUGGAACUACAAGGGACCCGGUCAAGAACUCUCCCUCUUCGUAUUCAACAACUCCGCCACCCCACUACUCCAUUUGCCGCUCAUUUCCUCUUCACUUCUCGCUACUGCGGGAUCAUACUUUUGGGAGCCGGUCAAUGUGACAAACGGUGUGUACGCGAUACUCGCGGUUGGCGCAGACAUCGCAAGCAUAUCUGCCUCGUUUCGCGUUUCCUCCGGCUCAAGCUCGUCCUGCUUGUAUACCUCCAUGGCAUCCUCCGCCGCGCCGCCAGAGCCAGCCACUUCUAAUAAGUCCUCGCAGACCGGGGCCAUCGUUGGGGGAAUCGCGGGAGGGGUCGUGUUCAUCACUGCUCUCAUUGGCACCUGCAUCUACCUCGCGCUCCGUAGCAAAGCUGCACCAGGAUACCGAUGGCGGAGCUUCACAACUGCGGGGAGGGCAGCUCGACCCGCGCGCUGGAGUGGACUGUCUUCCCAUGUGGAUCUCAGUGCUCAUAACCCUCCAUCCUCCCCGCUCGCCGACGCUACAACACCCGUGCCAAACCCCAAAGACCCCACACCCUUGGCACUGCUCCCUCGCCUAGAACCCAACCGCCGCAAACCCUCCGUCUCACUCUCAGCCAUCCCUACAGCCGCCAUCUCCCCUCCGAUAGACAGCCCACCGUGUACAGCCCCAGCGGUCCCGCCAGUGCCACCCAUGCUUCUUGACAAGGAGCUGCCGCAUCGCCCUAUCUCAUACGCCGUCGCCGCCGUCGCCGACCGCCCGCGCAGGCCGCGCACCUUCGACGCCGCAGACGCAGCCUCGGUGAUAUGGCUGCGCCGGCACAGCUCGGUGGCCCCCCACACACGGAGGCCCAGCGGCGCUUCUGCCGUCCCCUCAUCUGCCACUUCGCAGAUGUACCGCGUCAGGGACAGCAUGUGGAACGCGUCCCUCAGCUCUCCCGAGUCCCGCGAGCGCGCCAGUCCAGAUACGUGGAGUGUGCACCGUGGGACGCGCAAUCACACUCGUACGGCGUCGACGAAAGAAGUUGCUGGCGACGUCCCACCGCUGCCGGAUGGAGAGGCGGGGCAGCCCGCUUCGACGCUCGCUGGGACGAGGCACAUCGGACAUGCUUCAGGCCCCUAUCGCUUCGGCUUUGUCUCUCCUUCCUGUAUCAAUGAUUACUCUUGGGCAGUGCGAGAUACAUCAUUCACGAAGUGGGGCUUCCCUCCUGCCACUGCGGCCACUUUGUGUAGCUGCCAGAUUGAGUUUUGCAAGCUGAUCAAUCUCACGCUCGUGUCCCCGCCUCAACGCGUUGGGUACACUUGCAGCUUGUCCCGCACAUCGAUGUACAUCUCCUGA